GACACGCCAAGGCGGUGGACUGACCCAGGAAGACCAGAAGCCGAGGGACGCGGGUCCAGAGAGAGCCAGCGAGGAGCUGCGGCCCGGUCGGCGAGAGCGGCGGUACGCGCCGAACUGUUCCAGACUCUGGUUUACAGUGGCUGCUGCGCCAGGACAUUAUUUUAAAGCUUUACAAGCUGCCCUCUCCCCUCGACUCUUCCCGCUGCAAAAGGGAAAAAGAGAGAAAGAAGGAUACUAAAAAGAAAGUCCAGAUUUGCCUCCACAACGAGAAAAGAGGGGGGAAAGGAAAAGCGAAGAAAGUCGAGCGCCUGUUGGGCUGGACGCAGGCAGCCGGAUCGUGGGCCGAGCGAUGCGGGGCUGCGCGUCUAGGCAGCCGCGAUUUGUGACUGGAGCCACGAUGCAAGGCCAGGCGCACUGAAGAGUCGGACCGUGUUGCCUCCCCCAAGGAGUCCAGGCGUCGGGAGGGCCGCCCCGAGGACACAGAGGCCGCCUGGCAGGCCGCUGGCCGAGGUGACUGGGCUGGGGCGGUGGGGAGCGAGAGCGCGCGCCUGGCAGAGUGCGCCCGAAGUUGUCCCUCCCGGUUUUCGGUUGACACAAACACUUCUCCAAAAGGGGGGAAAACCCCUAAGCAAUAACCACCAAGAUCUGCUUCAGUCCUGCCUUCCCUCUCACUCCCCUCGGCCUCCCCCCCGCUCCCUCCCCAGGCCCAGCACCCGCGCCGCCGCACGCCACGGGCAGUUUCGAAUCCAAAGCUUCUCUACACGUUUUCUUUUCUUAACAACAAAAAAGAGGGGUAAACCUCGGUGGUGGGUAGGCAGGUACGCACACACCCGCCUUCAUACCCCGGCAAAAGCAGAUGCACUUUGACUUCUGACAGCUCUACCUCAAGCCGGAGAGAACUCAGCGGCGCAUUCCGCGCAAUCCGAGCUAGCGGUGUCUUCCUCUUCUACAUCUCCGUUUUAUUUAUUUCCGUUCCUGCCGCCGUUCUGCCGUUCUCGGUGACCAUCAUUCCUCCACCGGCUCUGGGCAGAACAGUCCCUUUCUUGCCCGCCUGAGGCCCCUUCUCCUUACCCAGGAAGCCGAGGUGGCGUUUCUCAGUCCCGGGGCCCUGGGACUCCCAGGCUGUCGUCCUCUAUCCAGUGUCCUGCCUACGCCUUCUUUUCCCCUUUUUGAUUUCCUGGUGCGGGUUUUGGCUUGCAAGGCGGAGUGUGUCUCCUCUUUUUGGAGGGACUGGGGAGCUGGUGCCAGUCGUCUUUGGGAGUCAUUCCCUUGGCUCUACUUGCCCCUGUCUCUCCGGGCCUCCUGACCAAACCAAAGACCAUGGUGCACUGUGCUGGCUGCAAAAGGCCCAUCCUGGACCGCUUCCUCUUGAAUGUGCUGGACAGGGCCUGGCAUGUCAAGUGCGUCCAGUGCUGUGAAUGUAAAUGCAACCUGACCGAGAAGUGCUUCUCCCGGGAAGGCAAGCUCUACUGUAAGAACGACUUCUUCCGAUGUUUCGGUACAAAGUGCGCGGGCUGCGCGCAGGGCAUAUCCCCUAGCGACCUGGUGCGGAGGGCUCGAAGCAAAGUGUUUCACCUUAACUGCUUUACCUGCAUGAUGUGUAACAAGCAGCUUUCCACUGGUGAGGAGCUCUACAUCAUAGAUGAAAACAAGUUUGUCUGCAAAGAGGAUUACCUAAGUAACAGCAGUGUCGCCAAAGAGAACAGCCUUCACUCGGCCACCACGGGCAGUGACCCCAGUUUGUCUCCGGAUUCCCAAGACCCAUCGCAGGACGAUGCCAAGGACUCUGAGAGCGCAAAUGUGUCUGAUAAGGAAGGUGGCAGCAAUGAGAAUGAUGACCAGAACUUGGGUGCCAAGCGGCGGGGACCUCGCACUACCAUCAAAGCCAAGCAGCUGGAGACAUUAAAAGCUGCCUUUGCCGCUACACCCAAGCCCACAAGACACAUCCGUGAGCAGCUAGCACAAGAGACCGGCCUCAACAUGCGAGUCAUCCAGGUCUGGUUCCAGAACCGGCGCUCCAAGGAACGGAGGAUGAAGCAGUUGAGCGCGCUGGGCGCCCGGCGUCACGCCUUCUUCCGCAGUCCGCGCCGGAUGCGGCCCCUCGUGGACCGCCUGGAGCCGGGCGAGCUCAUCCCUAACGGCCCCUUCUCCUUCUACGGAGAUUACCAGAGCGAGUACUACGGCCCAGGUGGCAACUACGACUUCUUCCCGCAAGGCCCCCCGUCCUCGCAGGCCCAGACACCCGUGGACCUUCCCUUCGUGCCGUCGUCCGGACCGUCAGGGACGCCGCUGGGCGGCCUGGAGCACCCGCUGCCGGGCCACCACCCAUCCAGCGAGGCGCAGCGGUUCACUGACAUCCUGGCGCACCCCCCGGGGGACUCACCCAGCCCUGAGCCCAGCCUUCCUGGGCCUCUGCACUCCAUGUCGGCUGAGGUCUUCGGGCCCAGCCCGCCCUUCUCGUCGCUGUCGGUAAACGGCGGGGCGAGUUACGGGAACCACCUGUCCCAUCCCCCAGAAAUGAACGAGGCGGCCGUGUGGUAGCGGGGUCCCGUGCGGAGGGCGGUCCGCGGAGUUCGUGGUUGUACAGAAGCGAACUUUUAUUUAAGAGAGGAAAAAA